AUGGCUCAACGGAAGCAAAGCAGUGGAGUUGACAAUCUUGCAUUUGAUAUUGAAGAACAAGUCAAUGAUCAACAUAGAGAAAAGGAGGGAAAGACAUGUGGGAGCAACUCUGUGGCAGAGGAAGACAACAAUAAACCAACCUAUCGUGUGACUGAUGUUCCACCCUGGUACCUUUGUAUUUUUCUGGCCAUUCAGCAUUACCUGACAGCAUUUGGUGCGAUCGUCUCCAUCCCCCUCAUCCUCUCGGAGGGGCUGUGUCUGCAGCACGACAGCCUGACCCAGAGUCGCCUCAUUAACACCAUUUUCUUUGCCUCUGGCCUGAUCACCAUGCUGCAGGUCACCUUCGGUGUCAGGCUUCCCAUCCUGCAGGGAGGUACAUUUUCUUUGGUUACCCCUGCCAUGGCCAUGUUGUCCAUGCCAGAGUGGAAGUGCCCAGCUUGGACCCAGAACGCCAGUCUGGUCAACACCUCCUCACCUCUCUUCAUAGAAGUGUGGCAGACCCGCAUGAGAACACUGCAGGGCUCAAUCAUGGUGGCCUCUCUCCUCCAGAUCCUGGUCGGUUUUACUGGCCUCAUCGGCUUGCUCAUGCGCUUCAUUGGUCCCUUAACCAUUGCCCCCACAGUUUCUCUUAUAGGCCUGUCACUGUACGAUUCAGCUGGAGAGAAGGUUGGCAGCCACUGGGGCAUCUCUGCUAUGACCACGGUGCUGAUCAUCCUGUUCUCCCAGUACCUCCGCCGCAUACCGAUCCCUGUUCCUGCAUAUAGUAAAGCUAAGAAACUGCACACCUCUAAGUUUUACAUCUUCCAGAUAAUGCCUAUUCUGCUGGGCAUGGUGAUCUCAUGGUUAGUCUGCUACCUCCUAACCAUCUAUGAUGUCCUACCAUCUGAUCCAGCCCAAUAUGGCCACCUCGCCCGCACUGAUGUGAAGGGAAAUGUGCUGAAUGAAGCUCCCUGGUUUACAUUUCCUUAUCCUGGUCAGUGGGGCAUGCCAGCUGUGAGCCUGGCAGGUGUUUUUGGAAUGAUGGCUGGAAUAAUAUGCUCCAUGGCAGAGUCUGUGGGCGACUACCAUGCAUGUGCCAGGCUGUCAGGGGCCCCUCCUCCCCCCAAGCAUGCCAUCAGCCGGGGCAUUGGUAUUGAAGGGCUCGGCUGUUUGUUGGCAGGAGCCCUUGGCACAGGCAACGGCACUACCUCAUUUAGUGAGAAUGUGGCUGCCCUUGGUAUCACUAAGGUUGGUAGCCGUACAGUGAUUCUUCUGAGUGGAUUUUUCAUGAUGUUGAUCGGGAUGGUGGGUAAAAUUGGGGCCAUUUUCACAACCAUCCCCACCCCUGUGUUGGGAGGAAUGUUCCUAAUCAUGUUUGGAGUCAUAACUGCAGCAGGAAUUUCUAACCUUCAGUCCACAGACAUGAAUUCCUCCAGGAACAUAUUUAUUUUUGGUUUUUCCAUGUUUUGUGCACUCGUCAUUCCGAACUGGCUAAUGAAAAAUCCGGAUUUCUUAAAAACAGGUGUUAAAGAGGUAGACCAAGUGUUACACAUAUUGUUGACGACACAUAUGUUCGUUGGAGGGUUUCUUGGUUUCUUCCUAGAUAACACAAUUCCUGGGACCAAACGUGAGCGUGGCCUCUCAACCAGGGACAAAGUACACCUUGAGGACUCUAGCUACACUUUGGGAACAGAAGAGGUGUAUGACCUCCCCUUUGGCAUAACCUCCUGCCUCUCAUCCCAAUCCUGGAUUCGUUACGUCCCCUUCUGUCCAUGGAAGGGUAACAGAUCUGAGGACAGGUCUGAAGACAACAAUAAGCCACAGGGCCGGGGGAGUGAGCAACUGGGUGUUGAUGAAGCUGCUUUAUAGCUUUCCAGUAUGCUGAACUACAAAUGGUGUAAUAAUGUGUUUGUUUCUCUUUUAAGGUCACUUUGCUGUUUCUAAGCAAAGAUCACAGAAUUAUUGUUUUGGGAUCUUUAUACUACCAAUCACAGGUUGAUAAUGUGAUAACAAUAAGUAUACUGACCAAUAUGUACCAAAGCUGCUGACAGUGGGUUUAUUUUAUGAUGUAUAUAUAAUUUUUCCACUAUUUAAGUCUGACUACG